CCAACAGAGGGGUAUAUUCGGAAGGAAGUCUUCCUUAUAAGCCGCUCGAAGGAUGGAAGGAGCAUGAAAAACGCAGCCGUUUACGAGAGGUGUCGGGCCGCGGAUCCAAACCAAACUCUCUCUCUCUUCCUUUCCACCAAUCACUCCAUCCCUCAUUUCUUCUUCGAUUUCUUUCUGUGAAUCAAUCGCAAUCGAACGAACUUCAACCCUAGUACUAGCAUCAUCACCUCUCAUGGCGAUCUCCGACACCUCUCGCCAAUCUCUCAUCCCCAGCUUCCUCUAUUCUUCCUCUUUCUCCAAGAAGUCCUUCGAUUUGGACCAUCUCGCUAACACCACAAACCCUAGCCUGCCUUCCUCGCCAAAUGGAGCAGCUCCGACGAAGAGCUUCGUGAUUCCGGCUCCCAGCGAGCCCGGGAAGAUCGAGAUGUACUCCCCGGCUUUCUACGCCGCCUGCACCGCCGGAGGAAUCUUGAGCUGCGGUCUAACUCACAUGGCCGUCACGCCUCUUGAUCUCGUCAAAUGUAACAUGCAGAUUGACCCUACAAAAUACAAGAGCAUUUCUUCUGGAUUUGGGGUUUUGCUGAAAGAGCAGGGAGUUAGAGGCUUCUUUAGGGGUUGGGUGCCGACCCUCCUCGGUUACAGUGCUCAAGGUGCAUGCAAAUUUGGAUUCUAUGAAUUCUUCAAGAAGUACUACUCCGACAUUGCUGGGCCUGAGUAUGCUGCCAAAUACAAAACCUUGAUCUACCUUGCUGGAUCUGCGUCUGCUGAAGUAAUUGCUGAUAUUGCCCUUUGCCCCAUGGAGGCAGUGAAGGUUCGUGUCCAAACCCAGCCUGGUUUUGCCAGAGGUUUAUCAGAUGGGUUUCCCAAGUUUGUCAAGUCGGAAGGUGCUCUUGGAUUGUACAAGGGACUUGUUCCUCUAUGGGGACGUCAGAUUCCAUAUACAAUGAUGAAGUUCGCAUCUUUUGAGACAAUUGUCGAGAUGAUGUACAAGUACGCCAUCCCAACACCAAAAGAUCAGUGCAGUAAAACCCUGCAGCUCGGAGUGAGCUUUGCUGGUGGAUAUGUUGCUGGUGUAUUCUGUGCUAUUGUGUCACACCCUGCAGAUAACCUUGUCUCUUUCCUUAACAAUGCCAAAGGGGCAACCGUGGGUGAUGCCGUGAAGAAGUUGGGAUUGUGGGGUCUUUUUACCCGUGGGCUUCCUCUUCGUAUCGUUAUGAUUGGAACCCUUACUGGUGCUCAGUGGGGUAUCUACGAUGCUUUUAAAGUUUUUGUUGGCCUGCCGACUACUGGUGGUGUUACUCCACCUCCUGCUGCUGCUGCUGAGCUUGCGAAGAUGUGAACUUAUGGCCAGUAAUUGACAGAUUCAAAUACUUAUAUUUUUGUGAUUACAUUGAGAAAGGAAAUCUUUUUCAAUGGGUCAAUAAUUUUAGGAUUGGUGAUGCCUUUUGUAAUUGGCAUCUUUGCCCGAGAUUGUAUUCUAUUCUUAGACAGCAAUUGGUUCAAUUACAUUUGCAGCUGUUCACCGAUUUUUGAGAGGGAUGGUUUUGAGUUCGUCCCCUGAGCUCUUUGAUAAUAUAUUGUGAUAUUCUGAUCA